AGUGAAACGAAAUCUCUCAACUGUUUCAACUCACAGACAGACAGACAGUCAAUUGCCAGAACCCGGUCAAGUUUCGCGCGAAGUCUUAUCACCGCUCAUACGUGUCCGUAUGCUCCACGGAUGUACAUAAUACUCAUCCUUCUGGACCAUUGAAUAAUAGAGCUGAACUGAUAAUCUUUCGCACUUCACCGACCGACCGUCGGCCCGGGAUCACCAAUCGAAACGAACGAAGCUGCUGUCCAAAUUAAAGCUCCAUCUGAUGUUAUCAGCUGCUGCCUGCUAACCAAUUCAUCGUUGACGAGCUGCUUGCUCUUGGUUACCGGAGUGUGAAACUCAUUGAAAUCUCAACCUCGCGCAGUGAUAUUAUAGCAACCAAUCAGUCCGGGAGCAACCGCUCGGGAUCCAACCUUGGGACCCUGAAAGUUACAUAAUCCGCUCUGAACGUGGUGUCCAGCAAAGUUCCACCCAGCGAAAAAAGGUGUGUUGGAAAAGUUCAAGCCUAUCCUUACACGUAUUAUUCAAAGUGCAGUGCAGUGCAGUUUAGGUUUGUGGAGGAAUAUAUAAUUUAAUAAGCACCUAUAUCGAAUAAAAAAAAAGUAUUGACUGCCGCAAGUGGAAAGGUCGAAUUCAUUAUUUAGAUUUUGUGGUGUUCAUUCGAUCCAGUAAACCCGAAAUAGAAAAUCACUAUUCAUUCAACAGUGUGUUCUAACAUUUUUCAAAGUGUCAUUUAUAAAACUUCCAAUCCAGUAGCCUGUUUGUGAUUGCAUUUAUAUUUAAACGGUGAAGAGAACAACAAACAUGUCGUCACUACCUCGCGUCAACCUGGACGAACCGCGAUACGACCAGAGUACCUACCUUAAUCGAGCUAAGCAUUUUCUGAUUGUGACCAAUCCGCUGAAUGUGUUCGCCACCGAGGAGCAGCUGGACCGGGCGGCCCGGAUCGUUAAGGAUUAUCGCGCCGGCAAACCGGUCAAGGACGUGACCUCGGUGGACGAACUAUGGGCCGCCAAGUACCUGUACGACAGCGCAUUCCACCCGGACACCGGCGAAAAGAUGCUGCUGAUUGGCCGCAUGUCCGCCCAGGUCCCGAUGAACAUGACCAUCACCGGGUGCAUGAUGACCUUCUACAAAUCGACUCCGGCCGUCAUCUUCUGGCAGUGGAUCAAUCAGUCGUUCAACGCCCUGGUCAACUAUACGAACCGAUCGGGCAAGUCUCCGAUCAGCCAGGAACAGCUGCUGACCUCGUACUGCAUGGCCACUGGUGGUGCCCUGGUGACGGCUCUGUCCCUCAACCGGCUCGUACGGAAUGCAGCACCACUUGUUGGACGUCUCGUUCCGCUGGCAGCCGUUGCCGCCGCGAAUUGUAUCAACAUUCCGCUGAUGCGUAUGCAAGAACUCCAAAAUGGCGUCACCCUGAUCGAUGAGGAUGGCAAGGAGCUGGGCCAAUCGAUGCGUGCCGCUAAGGAAGGCAUCGCCGCCGUCACCUUCAGUCGAAUUCUGAUGGCUAUGCCUGGCAUGGUCUUUACCCCGGUGCUGAUGAAUACCCUGGAGAAGCGUGGCUUCCUCAAGCGCUUACCGUGGGCCAACGCUCCCAUCCAGACGCUGUUCUGCGGCUUCUGUCUGACGUUUGCCACUCCGCUGUGCUGUGCCCUGUUCAGUCAGAAGGCUUCCAUCAAGGUCGACAGCCUGGAGGGGGAUGUGCGUGAGAAGAUUCGAAAGGAACGCCCGGAACUGCAGGUCGUCUACUACAACAAGGGACUGUAAGAAGCAGAUCGGGAAAGGUAGCUGGACACUACAGGAAGUGUAGUUAGAAUUUCAUUUGAAACGUGCAGGGACAAUAAGUGGUAGCUCGAUACCACACCUACAUACAUCGUUUGAUUGGGUUGCUGCGUUUCGAUUUGCGUUUUAGUAAUCUUAAGAGAAAUAGUUUGAUAGUUAAACUUCAAUGUAAUUGUUCCUCGGAUUGCCACAGAGAGCCAUCUAAGUCAUUUCCAGCAAUUCGACAGAUUUCCCAGUAGACUGAGUUUAUUGAGUCUUACAUAGCACAUGCAGAGGAAACAGGUUCCAUUCCAAAUACGUAUGCAUUACAACUCAACUUUUCAGAAAGACAUAUUUACAAUAGUUUUGUAGGGAAUGCGACAAUAAACGGAGUAGUUUCCAUCAACCAUAUUUUUGUCAGUUUCGUUAUAUUAAAUGAUGUGUCUGGAAUCCGUGUCAGAAAAUAUGUGUAGCACAAAUAAAGUGAAACGGCAAAGAGAAUA